AUGUUGAUGAUCAAUCAGACAAACGCAGACUUGAACGAACAACAACAAAUUCAACAAAAAUUAAAAAGAUUUUCAUUAAAUGAAGAUAAAAAAAAUAAAAAUAUCACGAGAAGAAAUCGUCAACAACAGCAACAACCACAAGAUGUAAAUAACUCAAAACAUCCCAUCUCUCAACUUAAACGUUCUAAUGUAAAAAAGUAUAAAUCGAAAUCGUUAAAAGGAAAUAAAGUUCUGGAGCCUGCUCCAACUUCAAAUCCAUUUUCAACAAAUGAUCCAACUGAUAUGGAUGCCGAUCUGCCUCCAUUAAAGAUUCAAGUACAUCCUUGGUUACCAGGUCCUCCUCAUCCUCCAAAACUUAUCCAUGCAUCGCUUAUUCCUUUAUCAAAACAUAAAAGACAUUUAUCAAAUCAUUCAAAUAGACACUCUAGAAAAAUUUCUACUCAUAUCAACAUGGCUUCUCGUAUUAUAUUACAAACUUGCAAUCCAAGAAAACCUCCAUCUAGUAUUUUAUCUUCUGAUACAUUUCGUUUUUCACAAAUUAAUAAUAAUAACGAAUUACAACAAAAAAAUCAAGAUCAAGAACGCAAACAAAAGCGUGAAUCAAUUAUACUGCCCCAAGGGAAUCGUGCUUCUCAAAUAUUCAGGCGUCAAUUACUAGAACAAAGUUUACUAUUAUCUUUUGGCGGAGCUCCAAUCACCAACAACAAUAUCCCUGUAACAACAAUAUCACAUAAUAAUAUUAACCUAAAACCACCAAGAAGACGUAAAACAAGGAAAGGUAGUAACGCUAAAUUAGAAGACAGAGAAGCAAGACGUGAAAGGCGUAGACGUGAAAAGGAAGGAAAAAAAUCUAUUGAUAUAUCUGAAUCAUCAUCAUUAUCUCCACCUACUAAUAUCAAUGAUUCAACAACAAUAACAGCAAAACCAUCAUCAAGCUUUCAUCAUCUUUCACCAACCAUAAAAGUUUCUGUUAUAGAUGAUAAAUCUUCUACUAAUUCAUCAAAACUUUAUCCAACAUCUGUAAAUACUACAUCUCCAUCAUCACAAUUUACAACACAAACAAAAACUACGCCUACCGAAGAAUUUGAAAAAAAUACUAGUAAAAAUACUAUCCAAAUUAAUAAUGAUAAUUUAGAAAGUUUAUUCAAUAGACAAUUAAAAGUUGAUAAUAUAGCAACACCUCCUGCAUCUUUACGUAAUUCUCCUACAACACCUCAAUUCCCGCUUUCUCCUAAAUCUCCAACAAUAACACCAUUAUCGCCUACAUCACCGAAACCUCCAUUGUUAAGUUCAUCUUCAUUAGCAUUACCUGCGACAAACAAUCGAAUAAC